CUGUAAACAUCCUGCCGAUUUUAAAAGGACAGCGGUGAGCGGGAGGAAGGCGACUGGCGCCAUCUUGGCAGUUUUAAUGAGUACAACAGGGGAGAAUUCGCUGGGAGAUAUAACAUAAUCAUUUGAAAUUUCAAUCUAAGAGGGGGAACUGUCGGUAAACAAUUCAGUAGUGUGAGCCAGUGGAACCAGGGCAAUGUUCUACGCCCACUUUGUCCUCAGCAAACGUGGGCCGCUGGCCAAGAUCUGGCUAGCGGCCCAUUGGGACAAGAAGCUGACCAAGGCCCACGUGUUUGAAUGCAACUUGGAGAGCAGUGUGGAGAGCAUCAUCUCACCCAAGGUGAAGAUGGCUCUUCGAACAUCAGGCCACUUGCUCCUUGGGGUUGUGAGAAUCUACCACAGGAAGGCAAAGUAUCUGCUUGCUGACUGUAAUGAAGCUUUUAUCAAGAUCAAAAUGGCUUUUAGGCCAGGUGUGGUGGAUCUCCCUGAGGAAAACAGAGAGGCAGCCUACAAUGCCAUCACCUUACCUGAAGAGUUCCAUGACUUUGACCAGCCGCUUCCUGACCUGGAUGAUAUAGAUGUGGCACAGCAAUUCACCCUGAACCAGAGCAGAGUGGAAGAGAUCACCAUGAGGGAAGAUGUUGGAAACCUUAGCCUCCUACAGGAUAAUGACUUUGCUGACUUCGGCAUGGAUGAUCGGGAGAUGAUGCGUGAAGCCAGCACGUUUGAGGAGGAUAUCAUGCAUGGUGCCACAGCCCCUAACCUGCUGCUAGAGGCUGAGCCUGGUCCUGCUAAUCUCCCCGACAAGUCCAACCACAUGGAAUAUGAUGACUUUGGCGAUGCCUCACUGGGCAACAGUGAUGGGGGAAUGCUGGUUGAUAAGCUACUGAGUUCUGAAGAUGGAGGCGGUAUUUUUGAUGACCCUCCAGCCAUCACAGAAAGUGUCAUGAUGCCUCAAGACCAUGGGGACGAUGAAGACGACUUUGACGCUCUCCAGUCACCGGGUCCAGACAGCCCAGACUCUGGUCCAGUAGAGCCACUGCCAGCUAUGGCUGACCAGACAGAACAGACCACUCUGGUGCACAACGAGGAGGAGGCUUUCGCCCUGGAGCCUAUUGACAUCACUGUGAAAGAGACCAAGGCUAAGCGUAAGAGGAAGCUGAUUGUGGACAGCGUGAAGGAGCUGGACAGUAAGACCAUCAGGGCCCAGCUCUCUGACUACUCAGACAUUGUCACCACCCUGGACCUCGCUCCCCCCACCAAGAAGCUGAUGAUGUGGAAGGAGACCGGUGGAGUGGAGAAGCUUUUCUCUCUGCCUGCCCAGCCUCUCUGGAAUCCCAGGCUGCUUAAGAUGUUCACACGCUGCCUGACGCCUCUGGUGCCAGACGAGCUGAGGAAGAGAAGAAAGGGCGGUGAAGCAGACAGUCUUGAUGAGUUCCUCAAAGAGCUGGAGAACCCAGAGGUGCCAAGAGAGGAGGUCAUGGGUCAGCACAGAGAUGUUAUUGACCAGACUAUCAUGGAGGAACCUAGCAUGCUGGCUGCCUCUGCAAUGGAAGGCAGCAGGACGACCCUGGAUGAGACAGUUAUGCCUCCUCCAUCAACCCCCCGUGGAGUCAAACGCAAAGCCCUCGACAAAGAAGGCACCCUUCCUAUGGCUCCCCUGGAGCAGCAGCAGGUGGCUGAGCGCUCAGUCUUGUCUCAGAGGUUAGACAUGCCUCAGGUGGAUCUGCCCCCAGAAGAGACCAGCCUCAGCCUCACCCAGCUUGUCCCUGAGCUCGACCUGCUUGGUGAAAAAGACAAAGACAAGAAGGAUGAUAGUGAUGAAGAGGAGGAAGAAGAAGGCCAGGCAGGAGACCAGGAUCAGGAGGAGAAGAGAUGGAACAAGAGAACCCAGCAGAUGCUGCACGGUCUACAGCGUGUCAUGGCUAAGACCGGGGCAGACUCAAUCAGCCUGCUUGAAUUAUGCCGGAACAACAACAAGAAGCAGGCAGCUGCCAAGUUUUACAGUUUCCUGGUCCUCAAGAAGCAGCAAGCCAUCGAGGUCACCCAGACUGAGCCCUACAGCGACAUCAUCGCCACCGCUGGACCAAGAUUCCAUCUUAUUUAGACAUUGGAAGAAAAGACAAACACUCUCCUUGCAACAGAAAUACUUUUUUAAGUACUCAACUUUUUUGCCUUUCACUUUGUUUUCCUGUCGGCCCGUUUUUUCUGGGGAGGGGUAGGGGGGUUUGGGGUUUGAAGCUUUUAAAAAAGGAUUUUACUGUACUACAGAUGGAAUCAUGCAGUAUUCAUUUGGUUUAAAAGGAAAGGAAGAAUGUUUAACAAUUAUAUUUAUAAAGCAACCUUUUUCAGUCACGGAUUUGUAAGCUUUGCUUUAUUAUGUCUUGUAAGUUCAAAUUCCAUUGUCUGCUCAUUCCAUAAGAUUUGUACCAUCCCCACUCACACCUGAAAUAUAUCAGAUUUUAGUCAAAGAGCCCUGUAUUUACACAAAACUCUGUUCUUCAUGUUCUGGAAGGUACUGUUUUAAUGCUCAGGAGUGUAACCUCUCCCACCCUCUCCCUGUUGCACUUGUUCUCUCAUGAUAAACAAAAAACUGUCAACAAAUUGGUAACCCUUAUCCUGGCAUUUACUAUCAUGUUUCAGAUGUAUAAUUCAGGCAGUUUAUCAGUUUUAUGUAUGAUGUUUUUGUACCUUUUUACGUUCAUGCUUAUUCACCUUUUUGCAUUAUGUAACUAGGUAAUGUACUUGUUACAGUUAAGUUCAGUAUCCCACCUUUUUAGUCUUCGGGUAACUUCUAGUUGUGAUACAUCUGUAAAGAUUUGAAAUAAAGUGUUUUAAGUA